AUGGUCUACAACAAAACGAAAAACAUGUGAGUUGGAUUGAGCACAAAACAACUGUUUCCUUCUGAUUUUCGAAUUUCCGUCUGAUCCGAAAGUUUAAACUAACGCUGAACGAAAUGUUGCCCAAUGUGUUCAAAGUACACUUUGCUGUUUUUCAGCCGUAUCUCGAAGCGUCUGCGUCUCGACACGUGUGUCCAUGCUUGAAGCCCCGCCCUUUUCCCUCUAGCGUCCCCAUUUUUUGUGUGUGUGUGUGCUCCGCGCCGCUCAUAAUCUGUUUUGCUCGGAAAGCCCCCAGGCUCGGCGCCUUCCGUACGAUUUGAUGACGGCAAGACACCUGCGGAAAGUCUAUCUCUCCCGAAUGUUAACGUGAUAUCUAUGUUUUCUAUUCCUCUUCGUCUCCGAUGCUCUCUCGUCACCGAUCUCAGACUCACUCCUCGUUUUUCUCUAUUGUUGCUUUCCAUUUGACUGACGUGUCAUCGAAACUGAAACUGAAUUAUAAGCAUUGAUGCUCAAGAAUCAGUCUUUGGAAACUUGUUUGUUUUAAGCGUCUAUCACCUCGGUCUACCGUCAAUUCGUUUGUCGUCUGAUUUUUUUAUUAUCAUUUUCGGUCGUUUACUGCCAUCCGAUCAUUCGACAACUUCACUUGUUUGUCACUCAGCGUUCUCUUUUUCUCUUUCGCCAUAUCUUUUUCUAGAAUGCCGCACACAACAAAAGUACACGUGAAUCAUGACCGUUGGUAAACACUCGCUGUUUUCUGUCCCCUUUCUGUUGUUGCUCACUCUUCGCUACCGUACUCGUGUGUUGUCCGCAAUUGUGAUGGUGAUUGCGUACUCCAGCCCACCGUAAUCUAUUCGGAAAAUCGGGCCACACAAAACAUGUUAUGAUCCGUCUAAAGCUCCAACUUCUCGUCUGGACACCAACAAAAUAAUCUUGUUUUUCGAUGCCCGAUUCCGGAAAACCGAUAUUUUUCUCCGUCUGCUUCCUGCGCGAGCUACCAAGGAUCAGCGUAACGAACAAUCCUUUCGGAAAAGCGACUUGGUCCGUUCGGCACAUGUUUUUCGCUCUGCAGUGUCUGAAAUUGUUUUCGUUCUUCGUCUUUCUGCCCAAAAAGGGUCACCUCUCCUUUCCCUCUCUACGUCUCCGGAUUCUCCUUUGUUCGCCGCUUACAUUGCCAUGUUUUCUCGCUUCGUUUCAUCGCAAAACAUGAGCAUUAAACACUGAGUUUUUGUUUUGUUGAAUUUUCCAACGUUUCUGCUUAAUUGACUGAUUUCAGCCGAAGACGUAUAUUCACCCGAAGAGUUUACGACGGCGCCGACGGAAAGAUGUCGAUGACAAGUUUGUCGACGAAGUCGCGACGCCCCGAAGACGUCGUCAUCGAAGGAUGGCUCCACAAGAAGGGUGAACACAUUCGUAACUGGCGGCCCAGGUGAGCGGAAAGGCAUUCUCAUCCUCUCAUCCCAUUCAUGUUAAUCUUUUUAUUUUUCACAAUUUUCGCUCGCGGAUUUAUCCGGUUUCUCAUCGGCGGAUUUGUGCGCGUGUGCGUCAACCGAUUUGUUUUUCACGCCACGCACACGCACUUCUUCUUAUCAUGCUUUUCCGGCUCGAAAUCGGCUGAUUUCCGCACAAACAUUUUCCGAGGAAAUGAUGAGAUUUCCUUUUGAGAGUUUCGUAAAAACAAGUGGGAAGCAGAUUAGUGAUGAAAACAAGCAAAGAGUAGAGAACACUCAUUGAGCAGAGGAACGAAAACAUUCCGGCGACGUUUCAGUUGCGAUCCCCUGAACUGUCUAAAGCGCGUUUGAGACCACCUUUUUGUCCACUAACUACUCGGGAAAUUUUGGGCAAAGGUAGGGCAAGGAUAGGGCUCGUAAGAAGCACGUUGCCGCCAAAAACAGCACGGGUGCCACGUGCACACGACACCCGUGCCGUUUUCGGCGGCAACUUGCCGAAAAUUUCCUGAGUAUGGGCGCGACGCCUCUACGAAUCGGUUUCCGAAUCUUGGAUGCGGUUAUUUCUCUAGAGAUCUUCGAUUUCCGGCAGAGUUUGAAAAACACGGAAGCACAGUGUGGCUGUCGUUGCCACAAACACAAAACAACCAGAAUUUUGUGCAGUACUUUCGAAAUUCUCUUUUUUGUUUUUGGGUGUUGGCCACAUCUGCGUGUGCCAGCGAAGACCCUUCCUUGCCAAAACAAUAAACACAUUCUAACGAGCGAACGAACGAACGCCGCGAAAAAUAAUCGAAUGGAGAAGUUGUGAGUGGCUGAAAACACGAAAACAUGCUAGGCGCACGCAACAAUAAUGAUGGUGACAUGUCUUUUCAGAUACUUCAUACUGUUCUACGAUGGAGCUCUGCUGGGGUUUCGAGCCAAACCGAAGGAAAGCGUGCCCUACCCGGAGCCGCUCAAUGACUUCAUGAUCAAAGACGCAUCGGUGAGCAGAAGAGAAAUUCAUGUUUUUUUCGUUCGGCGGGACGGAAAAUGUGCCUAAAACUCUAUUUCUAGACGAUAAAUAUCUAAUAUCCGCCCACCGUUUCCGAAAAGUUUACGAACACAUCCAAUUUCCUAUUCUCGCGUUUUGCAGACAAUGCUCUUCGAGAAACCGCGACCUAACAUGUUUAUGGUUCGAUGUCUGCAGUGGACGACGGUCAUCGAACGAACGUUCUACGCGGAAUCGGCGGAAGCGCGUCAGAAAUGGAUCGAAGCGAUUGAGGCAAUUACGAAAAGGUACAAGAGUUCGAUGGGUUCGGCUGUGCAGGAAGAACAGAUGGAUACGGUAAGGCAUAGGAAAAAUACUGAACUGAGAGAACUGGGGAGCAUUUUAGAGCCACGCUCCUCCGAAAAUUGAAGACGACGGCGAAUUCGCGGGCGCAGCACACGCAAUCAUGGGACAGCCGUCGGCCGGACACGGAGAAAUGUCGGCGAUCGAUCUGAGGGCAUCGAUGAUCAGUAUUGCAGACACGAGCGAGGCCGCCAAGAGAGACAAAAUCGUAAGAAACAUAUGGAAAGUUUCGGGGGGAAAAUGAAUUGCUUUCAGUCGAUGGAAGACUUCGAUUUCCUGAAGGUUCUGGGAAAGGGAACAUUCGGAAAAGUGAUUCUGUGUGUCGAGAAACGAUCUCAGAAGCUGUACGCUAUCAAAAUUCUGAAGAAAGAAGUGAUUAUUGCACGAGAAGAAGUGGCGCACACUCUGACGGAGAACCGCGUUCUGCAGAGAUGCAAGCAUCCGUUCCUCACGGUAGGUGCACUGUUCUUCAUCCUCAUCCCUCCUCAUUCCUCCUCUCCCUACAUGUGUCAACUCCUUUCUGCAUGUGUUCAUCGACUCUUUCCGUACUUUUUGUUUCUUUUUUGUGGUCAUUACCCAUAGUGUUCGUGGUCGAAUUUACAGCAGCUCAAGUGGAGUUUCCAAGCGCGAUGGCACCUUUGUUUCGUCAUGGAAUUCGCCAACGGAGGCGAGCUGUUCACGCAUCUCCGAAAGUGUGGCACUUUCAGCGAAGGACGCGCCAGAUUCUACGGCGCUGAAAUCGUGCUGGCGCUCGGAUACCUGCACAGCCUGUCGAUUGUCUACAGGGAUAUGAAGGUUCGGACGAGAGGAUCACCGCGGGAAAGGAAUCGGCACCGAGAAUUCUGUUUAUGUUCUACAACUAUCCUUUGAGCCGCUCAUACUAGGCUAGACAACGCUCGAAUAGAAUUAGAAUAGAGUUCUGCCUGUCACCUAAAUGGUUUCUCACACUGCUGGUAGCGUCCGAAGUCGUGAUGUGUUUCCCUAUCUCUUUCUUUCUCUUUCUAUCCAGUUAACAUUCCUUCUCUUUUUCUUUCCUCUAUUUCUUUCGACCGCUGUUUCUUCCUACAGGAGCUGAAAUACUCGUUCCAAACCAACGAUCGCCUCUGCUUCGUCAUGGAGUUUGCCAUCGGCGGCGAUCUCUACUAUCAUCUGAAUCGCGAAGUGCAAAUGCAUAAGGAGGGCUUUUCGGAGCCGCGCGCUCGUUUCUACGGUUCCGAGAUCGUUCUCGCUCUCGGAUAUCUCCAUGCUAAUAACAUUGUUUACCGCGACCUGAAGGUUAGACGAAGAAUGAGCCUCGUUUAGAUUGCUAGAGGAUAGUUGUAGAACUUGACAGAUGUAGAAUUCUCUCGGUGAAGAGGAACUGAAAUGGGUGUGCCGAAUCCUUUUGUCGGGUGCUCCGUUCAUUUGUGUGUUUACCCUCAAAUCUGUUAAGCUCGAAAAUCUGCUUCUCGACAAGGACGGUCACAUAAAGAUCGCCGAUUUCGGUCUGUGCAAAGAGGAAAUCAGUUUUGGCGACAAGACGAGCACUUUCUGCGGAACACCAGAAUACCUGGCUCCAGAGGUGCCUCCACCGCUCCUUGUGUCCGGAUAACAUUCUCGAAUUUCAGGUUCUCGAGGACAAUGACUACGGACGGUGCGUUGAUUGGUGGGGAGUCGGAGUGGUAAUGUACGAGAUGAUGUGCGGACGUCUUCCGUUCUACUCCAAGGACCACAACAAACUGUUCGAACUGAUCAUGGCCGGAGACCUUCGCUUUCCGAGCAAACUCAGCCACGAGGCGAAAGCCCUUCUCGCCGGACUGCUCGUCAAGGAUCCUCAUCAGCGACUGGGAGGCGGUCCGGACGAUGCUCUCGAGAUCUGCAGAACCGAGUUCUUCCGUCCGGUCGACUGGGAAGCCAUGUAUCGCAAGGAAAUCGAGCCUCCGUACAAACCGAAUGUGCAGUCGGAGACUGACACCAGCUAUUUUGACAAUGUACGCUUCCACUCAUUUAUUCAUCAUCUAUAUCUCCUUUUUCCAGGAAUUCACUUCUCAACCUGUGCAACUCACUCCACCAAACACCCGCGGAGCCCUGGCGACUGUCGAUGAACAGGAAGAGAUGCAGUCGAACUUCACUCAGUUUUCGUUCCACAACACGCUCGGAAGCAUCAAUCGCAUCCACGAGGCCAGUGAAGACCUCGAAGAGAUGGAGGAUAUGGAAGAGGAUUACGUGGAGGCGAGCCCAAAGCGAUGA